UUACAUUUCCGGACCACUACGAAGGCGAGUUUUCGACAUGGUGCAUCAAAUGUCGCAUACAAGCGGCAGAGCAACUCACCGGCAAAUUGCAUAAAAAUUCGUGUGGCCUUCUAAAUGGAUAAUGUCUAAAGACAUUAAAGAGUGGGCCCGCACUUAUCUAGCAUGCCAACAAUCUAAAAUUCAUCGUCAUAACCACACCCCACCCAUCAAAAUACCAAUACCAGAUACUCGUUUCGAGCAUGUACAUAUCGAAAUCGUUGAUCCUCUACCUCCAAAAGUUUCAGGAUUGUACAGCAAACACGGUAGCGAAGAUAUUUUUCACCCACUGGGUAGCCAGAGAGCCCUUCGGAGUUCCACGCUUGAUCACGACCGCUCAAGGCUUGCAAUUUGAAGCGCAGCUGUACGACACAUUAACUAAACUCAAACUUGGCUCUAAACGUUGUCGGAAAACUGCAUAUCACCCGGAGUCUAAUGGCAUCAUCGAACGAUGGCAUCGCUCUCUUAAAACAGCAUUAAUGUGUCACGGCGAAACUCAAUGGACUGACACACUGCCAGUAGUAUUACUAGGAUUGAGAACUUGUCUCAAAGAAGAUCUAGGCGCUUCGGUAGCGGAAUUAGUGUACGGCAUUACGCUCAAGGUAUCAGCUGCGGCGCUGCGAGCGCCAAUGGCGGCGCUGCAUGCGUCCGUCGCGACGCUGAUACGGUCGUUCUUUCCGUUACUUCGUCCGUUCACUCUCUCUGGUGUCAUGGCGUGCCGCGUGCAGACCUCGUGCGCCGAUAACAUCGUAGCAGAUGCAUUAUCUCGCGCCGACACUAUCGUGAUGCCAACUAGUCUCGAUGUGCAGGAGAUUGCAGAAGCUCAAGCCUCGGAUGAUGAGUUGCAGCAACUGAAGCAAUCCACAUCAACGUCUUUGAAGCUCAAAAAAUUUAUCUUAUCGGAAACAGCCUCCAAUAUUUACUGGGACACUUCAGAACAAGAGAUCAGACCUUACCUUCCUGGACCACUACGAAGGCGAGACAUGGUGCAUCAAAUGUCGCAUCCAAGCGGCAGAGCAACUCACCGGCAAAUUGCACAAAAAUUCGUGUGGCCUUCCAUAUCUAAAGACAUUAAAGAGUGGGCACUUGUCUAG